AUGUGCCACUUUCAGGUCUCCUCACACUGCUGGUGGGUUCCAUUUUGUCAUAGGGUGCUGGCAGAUUACGGGCCUCCCAUUGCUGCUGCCAGGCCCGUAAUCUGCCAUGGGCCCCUGUACCGCCUCCUCAUGCUGCUGCCAGGUCCAGAGUGUGUCAUGGGUCCCUGUACGGCCUCCCAUUGCUGCUGUCUCCAUCGCCACACUCUGCCAUGUGCCACUUUCAGGUCUCCUCACACUGCUGGUGGGUUCCAUUUUUUCAUAGGGUGCUGUAUGGCCUCCCAUUGCUGCUGCCUCCUCCGCCACACUGUGGCUCCACACUCUGGUUUUGGCCCCGUGACUGCCCAAAUGAGUGAAGUGUGCGGUGAUUCUAAGAUCGACGGCACUCAUCUGCAUGUCAUACUG